AUGGUGCAACAAUCUUCCUCGGCCGAAAUCGAAGCCGCUCAGAAACUGCUCAGAAACCUUGGUCUCGUUACAAGUAGCGAUAAAUUACAUCCUGUCUUUCGGCAGUCAUACUUACGGUCCAUUAUGCUAGGCUCCCAAAAAUGUGCGAAAAUCAACUCAGUCGAAGUGGAUGUGAAGCGACGGCAAAACGAAAAAGAACUCGGAAAGAAGGCUGCUGAAAGAUGGGAAUGUAUACUGAGGUACCUGGCGCUGCCUUCAGACAAGAACAUGAGCUCAGUAUCGGCUACGACACGUGAAUUAUUCUCCGCGGCGGGCUUCACAAGCGACAACGAUGGCUCGGCGGAUCUUGAAAUCACCUCGGCUGGAUUCCAGUUUUUGUUGCUGAGUCCUGUUCACCAGCUUUGGACAUAUAUGAUUGAGUAUUUCAAAUUGGAGUCCUCCAAGGGGCGAGACAUUAGGCCUGUUUUGGACCUGCUUAUCAGAGUGAUUCUAUGUGUCGUCAGAGGUGGAGACUUCUCACAAACUGCCUUUGAAAUCAACAGUAAUUGGACAGAAGAUCAGACCACGCUAAUAAUGCAUAUGCGAGAACUUGGGCUUAUUUUUAUACGGAAAAGGAAGGAUGGGUGA